GUGCGCGAUACUUUUGCAAGGCUGCCACUGUCUUUGCAGAUUUGUAAACAAUGCAGCUAGGCUGACUCGAUCUGCAAAGGGCACACAUGGAAAUCCAGAUGAUUUUUACAGCUGCUAAAAUGCGUUGCCGCUCCUGAACGUAACCUCAGUUUAUAUUUGGCUUAAAGGAGACGCAACAAAGCGCACAAAAUGGUUGUGCUCCAGGCCCGGACGAAUAAGUAGGUUUACUAUAGCUUUAAGAACGCGAAAAUAGUGUCUGCUUCUUUAAAAUUAUAUUGGUUUAUUGCUGAAUAGAUAAUUAAGAAAAGUUUUCAAUUUCUAAUCAAUAAAUAUAUGCAUUUAAUUUCCGACGAAUCCAACGCAUUGACAGAAAAUGCCCCACUGUUGGAUAAAGGCCGCUUGCAAUCAAAACGUCUUUAGACCAGAUGUUUUCCGUUUUUCCUCACAUUGCUAGUAAACCUGCUUGACUGUACGCUGAAUCUGAAAUAGGCUGAAGUGUCCUCACGGUAAUGGAACCGGCGGGCGACCGAAACGGGAACGUACAUAAAGGUAAAGAGUCGGCGGCGGACAAGGCCGCAGAAGAGACCCCAGCCACCAGUACGACCGUUAUCCCGCGGAGAGGACUCAGAGAGCGGGGAGCGUGCCGCCCGAGGUCCGGCGUCUCUGCUGUAUUAACGGACGUCAACGGAGCAGCGUCGAGCCCGCAGAGCUCAGGACGAGUUUUAAGAGACCGGUCAACGAGGGCAGUACCGGCCUGGCUGAAGGACACCAAGAGUGACGACGACGAAGACGACCCGGACACCAGUGCUUCUAAGCGGAGGAAAGUUUCCAACUCAAGGCGGAAGAAACAUUCUGAAUGUGCGGGUUCUGUUGAGGCUGGAGGGGGAGUCGCAGCUCAGAGGACCCCAAGAAACCUGCCACAGAUGCUCAAGCAUCUAGCCUCCAGACGCCCCCCAGCCCAAAGUCGUGCCAAGCCCCCGACUGGCAGAGCUGUCCGCGGCUCUGCCAAGCCUAUGUGUAAGACCGAACCUGGAAUGGAGAAUCCAGCUGCAAUGGAAGGAGAGGUAAAAUAUAAAGACGAGUAUGAAAUUAAAAAGAAAGAAGAGGAAAGCGAAGAUAUUGCUGAACUAGUCCUGGGUGAUGAAGACCUUCACUUUCGGGAUGACCCAGAUGACCUCAGCUAUCAGCCACAGAGUCAGAGUGUUGCAGAAGAAGAUGAGGGUCUCAGCAGUGAUGAAGAUCUUCCUUUUACAGACGACCUAAAUGACCAGAGCUAUGACCCAAAGGAUGAACGGGAUGCCCCUAAACCAAAGCGCAGAGCUCCUUCCAGACAGAAGGAGAAGAAAGAGAAAGAAAAGGCACCUAAAAAAGAGAACGAGGUUGCUGAAAUAAAGAUCGAAGGUUCGGACAACUUGGAGAGUUUGGAAGAGGAAGUAAAGCUAGAAGAAGAAAUAGUAGAGGACCCAGAUGGACCCAGGAAGAGAGGCCGGCGGAAAAAAGAUGAUAAAACCCCACGGCUGCCAAAGAGAAGGAAGAAGCCCCCGGUGCAGUAUGUGCGCUGUGAAAUGGAGGGAUGUGGGACAGUCCUGGCUCAUCCUCGCUACCUACAGCACCAUAUAAAGUACCAGCACUUGCUCAAGAAGAAAUACGUCUGUCCUCACCCUUCUUGUGGAAGGCUUUUCCGACUACAGAAGCAGCUGCUGCGUCACGCAAAGCACCACACAGAUCAGAGGGACUACAUCUGUGAGUUCUGUGCUCGUGCCUUCAAGAGCUCCCACAACCUGGCUGUGCACCGCAUGAUUCACACAGGAGAGAAGCCGCUGCAGUGUGAAAUCUGUGGCUUCACGUGUCGUCAGAAGGCGUCUCUCAACUGGCACAUGAAGAAGCACGAUGCCGAUGCCACCUAUCAGUUCGCCUGCUCCAUUUGUGGAAAGAAGUUUGAGAAGAAGGACUGUGUGGUGGCCCAUAAGGCUAAGAGUCACCCUGAGGUGCUAAUUGCUGAGGCUCUUGCAGCCAACGCUGGCGCCCUCAUUACAACCCCAGCCUCUCUGCUGGAGCUGCCAGCAAACCCCAUGCAUGCAGAUGUCACCAGCCUGGACGUGAGCCAUAUGGGGCAGGAUGUUCAGGUGGACCAUCUGACUCAUGAAGGGCACAUGGCUCAGGUGUCCCAGUUGGGUCAUGUGACCCAACAAGUGAGUCACCAGGUGGUUUUACUGGGACAAGACCAGAGCCUCCAUACCAUGCAAGUGCCAGUGACGAUCGCCCUGUCCCCCAUCGACCCCCCUUCACCGGCUGACAACCAGCAGCAGACUCACCUCCAGCUCCAGAUGCCCGUCCAGUUUGUGCAUGCUGCUCAGCAGUCACAGCAGCCCCAAAUCCAACAGCUGACUCUCCACUCCGGCUCAGUGGUGACCCAGCAUCAACCCCAGCUGCACCCUCUUCAGUCGUACUCCUCCCAGCAGCAGAGCCAGACACAAAUUCUUCAAAUGACCUUCCAGCCGGUCAGCCAGUCUCAGACGCACAUUCAGCAGAUCCCCAUUCUAGCGACCUCUCAGCAGCUUCAGACCCUGAGCUCCCCUCUCCUGUCUCCAUCCCAUCCCCAGUCCCAGGACCUGGCCUCGACUAACGGGGACAGCUUUAUUCUGGACAAUGCGGUGCUCUCGUCUUCCUCUCCGUCAGCCAGCUCCCUUGUGCAGACAGAAGUUAUGGGGGAGGAUGGUGUGGUCUGGGAGCAGACGGUACACGGGGAAGUUCUGUCGGACAGCACUGUGCAGCAGACCCUCAUGUAAAACAAGAACAGUGCACACUAAACAGAAAAUAGAGGCAGAUUGUCAUCAGUGACCUGAUAUACUGUAUUGCAAUGUUUGAGGUAAAUGUAGGAUCACCAGUAUAUUAUGGACUGUUCACUCAUAGUCAUAUUUGGUAGCUUUUUAGAAUAUCUGUAUCAGGGAAAGAUAUGUAUGUAUGUGUCUGUAUGUGUAAAUUGUUGCCUUUGUACAUAAGUCCUGUAAACUUAACUAGCCUUGUAUGCGAGUGUGUAAUGAUCCUGAGGUUUUGUUGCAAAGCUGUUGCUUUCAUGCAAUAAUAUAGCAUACCUCUUAGAAAUAUACAGCACACACCUAGUGUGUGGAUAAAAUCAACUCUAUUUAUAAUAUGAAUUAACAUAAAACACACAUUAGAAAGCUGUAAACAGACGUGAGUAUACUGUUUAAGUGAAUAGGCAGCUAUUUUUUUCAUUUAGUUUCUACUGUAAAGCCUUUAUUUGGCGAGGUUAAAACAAAAUAUAACAAAACUGACACAGAAACAUUUCAAAACCUAAAAAAGGAAUAGACA